AUGGAGUCUUCAAUUCAGUACUAUGAUAAUAGGUGCAAAUUUGUUGCUAAGCAGAAGGAUUCCGGAACUGAUCCUUAUCCUAAAUUCUCUGUCACAAAGAAUAUUGCUGAGUUUGUAGAGAGUUAUAAGUCGGCAAAGGAAGACCUAAAACAUGUGGUUGAAGCUAUAGCUGGGAGGAUCAUGAACAAGCGAGGCAAAUCGAAGUCGAAGCUCAUAUUCUACGAUUUGUGUAGUGAUGGUCACAAAAUCCAAUUGAUGGUCUUUGCUGAUAAUUUUGAGCUGGAUGAAACGGAAUUCUCCAACCUACAUGAUUCUGUGAAACGUGGGGACAUUGUCGGUGUGAGCGGAUAUCCAGGUUUCAAUAAGAAAGGAGAACUUUUAUUUUGUCCCAAGACUUUCAAGGUACUGUCUCCUUGUCUCCACAUGCUGCCUGAUGUUCGUAAAGCUAAUGCUAAUGUCGAGAAAUGGGUACCUGGAUGUUCAAGGCAACCUGAAUCAUAUUCGCUGAAGGAUCAGCCUGUUUUUGGGACAUUAGGUAUGGCAGAAUCUGUUUUAGUUUCUGGCAGAUCAGUUUUGUAA